AUGGCUCAAACUACCAAGCGUGCCGACUUCGAGGCCAUCUUCCCUUCCUUGGCCCAGGACAUCCUCGCCCAUGCGAAGCGCUACAACCUCCCCGCCAACGCCCUCGAGUGGUUCGAGAACUCCCUCAAUGCCAACGUUCCUGGUGGCAAGCUGAACCGUGGCCUCUCGGUCCCCGACACCGGUCUGGCUCUCCUCAAGCAGCCCCUGAGCGAUGAGCAAUUCGAGCAUCUCAGCAUCCUCGGCUGGAUGACCGAGUUGCUCCAGGCCUUCUUCCUUGUCAGCGACGAUAUUAUGGAUAGCUCCAUCACCCGCCGUGGCCAGCCCUGCUGGUACCGCCAGGAGAAGGUUGGUCUGAUUGCCAUCAACGACGCCUUCAUGUUGGAGUCGGGUAUCUACAUGAUCCUGAAGCAACGCUUCCGCUCUCACCCCGCCUACAUUGACCUCGUUGAGCUCUUCCAUGAGACCACCUGGCAGACUGAACUCGGUCAGCUGUGUGAUCUGAUCACCGCCCCCGAGGACAACGUCAACCUCGACAACUUUUCCAUGGAGAAGUACAUGUUCAUCGUCACCUACAAGACCGCCUACUACAGCUUCUACCUGCCUGUUGCUCUGGCCCUUAUCUACCUUGAACUCGCUACCCCCGAAACCCUCAAGCAGGCCGAGGACAUCCUCAUCCCCCUGGGUCAAUACUUCCAGAUCCAGGACGACUACCUUGACAACUUCGGUGACCCGGCCUUCAUUGGAAAGGUCGGUACUGAUAUCCAGGACAACAAGUGCUCGUGGCUUGUCAACCAGGCUAUCCAGCGCUGCACCCCCGAGCAGCGCAAGGUCCUUGACGCCAGCUAUGGUCGCAAGGACCGGGCCGAGGAGCUCAAGGUCAAGGCUGUCUUCAACGAGCUCGGCCUCGAGGCUGUCUAUAAGGAGUACGAGGAGAAGGUUGUUGGUGAGAUCCGUGAGAAGAUCGCCGCCGUGGAUGAGUCCAAGGGUCUGAAGAAGGAGGUCUUCGAGUCUUUCCUCGCCAAGAUCUACAAGCGCACCAAGUAG